AUGGACAAGAGACUUCUAAUUGAGCUUUUGGAAGAUCUUACAAACUUUCAGGUGAAUAAUGAACAGAUACUGGACACCAUCCUUAAAAAGUGUUGUAAUGCAUCGAAAUUGGAGUUGGCAAAGUUUAUAAACGACCUGUCAUUGUCUCUGCGCCAAUCCCCUGAUGAAUACAUAACAGCUAUGCAAAUCUUCAUUUGGCACCUCAAAGAUGAUUCUUUACAAAAUCUUAACAGAUGGCUUCCCAAUUUUGUCUCGAAUUUAAUAACAGAAGUAAUCCUGCCAAACCUUGAUUAUUCCGAUUUUCUUAGUUUCAGGGAGCUCCUUCGUAAUUGCGUUGAGCUCCUCUGGUGGGCUGAUCUUAAUAAAGAGUUGGCCACUCAAACAAUUAAAAAUAUCUUCAGUGCAAUUUUAAGGACAAAGUAUAUACUGGAAAUAUUAGUAUCAGAAACUUCCAGUUAUUACUUUUUCAAACUUAUUCUAUUUGACUUCAACAUAAUUAAUCUGAUUAGAGAAGAAGAACUGAUACAAUCAAUGGAAUUGACUUGGAAAACUCCGAAUGAGGCACAAUGUAGUAAUACUUCUAGUAACGAAAACCAAAUAGGUUUAUUCAAGAAUUUGUUAGGAUUUUUACCAUGUACAAGUUGUCACAAACGGGCCCUCAUUGACUUCUCCCCUGACAAAUAUUCUUCACUCAUAGAAGAGGAUGAACUUGAGUCUUUAGAUGCCAAAAAUCUAUCUGAUCAUUUUCGCCUUCCAUUCGAAUUUAAUAAUAAUGACGAAUUAGGACCAUGGGAAAUCCUCCUUAGUGAAAAUGUUAUCAAGGACUUACGUAAAUUAAAUCCACACACAAUGGAUGCGGUCAUGAAGCAAUUCGGAAAAAUAGCAUCCGGAGAGUGGAACAAAUACGUACUUUUAAAUAAGAUAAAAUCUCAUAAUAUUCCUGUUUUUGAGGUGAAAGUUCUUGACAAUAGUGAAUUGAGGAUUAUCUGGCAGGUUGACUAUGGGUUCUCUAUGCGCUGUCAUUUACUCACGCAAUUUGUGAAGAUUUGGGCUGUCACCACCAAUCAAGAAGAGAUCUGCAAUACAUUAGCGAAGGCUCAUGAUGUCUAUACUGAAGAGCAUGUUAGAAGGUGUUCGAUUAAACAAAAAGAGGACAUUGUUUUACCAAUGAUGUCUUACGAAGAAGAGGAAGAAAUAAAGUCCAUUUACGAAAAAAUUGACAGCACCGAGAUGGACGAUGAGAGAUUAUUAGAGGUCCACAAAAUGCUUGUUACAGACAAGUUUAUUCCUUUGUCGUCGAACCUGUUGAAGUCACUUGUCAAAAACGCCCACGAAUUCACUUUCCAUGUAUCAAAGACUGAGUACGAAAUUAUUAAAAAUCCUACCUCAUCUAUUGUUAUUGGUCGUUCAGGUACCGGCAAGACUACCUGUAUUGUAUUUAGACAGAUUGCCUCGUACUUGACAAAUCAACUUAACACGACAUCAUCCUUGGGUGGCAAUUUUAACAAAAGGCAGUUAUUUAUCACUGUGAGCUACGGUCUGUGCUGCUGGGUAAAGCGAUACUUUGCUCGGUUACGAGAAUCAGCAGUAUUUUCUAGAAAAAAAAUGACAAAGGCACAGUUUAACGAAUAUAUAAAUAAGAUGGAAAAGGAAAAUGAUACCAAGACCGAUGAUAACACAAUGCCCUAUGAAAGAAAUGAAGAAGAAGCUAUGAAAGACAUUCCAAACUCAUUCCUUUUAUUGAAGGAUGAACACUUUCCAUUAUUCAUUACCUACAAUAAAUUUUCAAAAAUGCUUAUGGGAACUUAUGACAUUGAUAUUCAGAAGCUAAGAGAGCCCUCUAAAGUUAAUGAGGAAUAUGAUAAUGAAGAGGAGUUCAUUUUCAAGAAAUCUUCUUUAUUUGACGCAUCUAAAGCGUCAUGGGCUCACUUCAUUGACUAUAAUCGAUUUGAAAAAGAAUAUUGGCCUCAUCUUGGUGAUCCUUGUAGGAAUAAAUGGGCAUGCGAACUAAUUUACUCUGAGUUUUCCGUGAUCAAGGGAAUAAAUCCUGAGCCAUAUUACCUAUCAAGAGAUGAUUACCUUAAUAUCAGUAUCAGGAAAUACCCAGUAUUCUGCCAUAAUCGCGAGGAGAUUUAUGAUCUAUUUGAGCGAUAUGAAAAGAUAAAACGUCGGAGAGGUCAAUUUGACUCGAUGGAUAGAACAUUGGCCAUUUUUCGUCAAGCUAAAAUGAAACCACUUGGGGGACCACAAAUAAAUGAAGUAUACAUUGAUGAAUGUCAAGAUAACCAAAUAGUAGAUUUGUCACUUAUCUUGAAGCUAUUUGAACACGCUGACAGCGUUUUAAUGGCAGGGGAUAUAGCACAAUGCAUUGCUCGGGGUUCUUCUUUCCGUUUCCAGGACUUAAAAACCUUGAUGUAUAAAUGGGAGAUCGAUCGAAUCAAAACAAAUAACAACCAAUACUAUGCCGUAAAACCAAAAGAAUUUGAGUUAAACAUUAACUUUCGUUCUCACCAUGGGAUUAUUAAACUUGCUUCAUCUGUGACUGAUCUUAUCAAGCACUUUUUCCCUGAUUCUAUCGAUUCGUUGAAGCCCGAACAUGGAGAGGUUGGCGGCCCGAGACCUAUUAUGGUCAAAGAGAUGUCUGAAAUUGAGGUUUUUAAUGCCUUUGCUGAGAAUAAUCAAUCCGAUGAUAAUAUCGAUUUGGGUGCUGAACAGGUUAUUAUUGUACGUAAUGAAGAAGAUAAAAUUCACGUAAAAAAUAUUAUUGGUGAAAAGGCAGGAUUUGUGAUGACCGUAUACGAGACCAAGGGAAUGGAAUUUAAUGAUGUGCUUUUAUAUAAUUUCUUCAAACCCGCACGUCUAAUGUGGCGAGUAAUUCUUUCUACGUUGGACGGAUAUUCCAAAGGGAUCCGGUCCUUCGAUCAUCAUCGUCACCAACAUUAUAUCCUUUUAUAUGAGCUCAAAAAUCUCUAUGUCGCAGUGACCAGAGCCCGACAACGCCUCUGGAUUUAUGAUGUAAAUGACGAGUUCAGUGAACCAAUCCAAAUGCACUGGGAAGAGAAAAAUCUGGUUAAAGUAGUCCGGGAUAAACGUAGUUUACCUAAUACGACUAAGAGUGCUAAAAGCAGUAACCCACAAGAGUGGGACCAAAAGGGAAAAAUUUUUUUGGAACGACAACAAUAUGAUCAGGCUAUUUUCUGUUUCGAAAAGAGCAAAAAUGAAAAUCUGCGUAAAGUUGCUGAAGCAUAUUCUCUUCAGCAAGAUGCCAGAGCUUCCAUAUACGAUACGGAUGAAAAUAAAGUGAAGGAUAAAUUCAUACGUGCUGCUUGUGCCUUUGAAAAGUGUUUCCGAUAUCACCAGGCGGUUUCAUGUUAUCAAGACAUCGAAAUGCAUAAAGCAGCUGGUAAGGUUUAUACCUCAAGAGGCAUGUUCGAGUCUGCUGCCCGUUAUUUUAAGGCCAACAAUAAGUACUAUGAGGCAGGUAAAAAUUUCGAAAGGGCAAAGAAGUAUAUUAAUGCUAUUGUAGCUUAUAAAGAAUGUGGUUCAUAUGAAACGGCAAUCAGUUUGAUGAAAAGACAUGAUAUCGAUAACAAAAUAUUCUUCCGUAAUAUCUGUCAUAUUAUAAUCACUUGUUUUCGAGAGAAUAAGGAGAAUACAAGAGAGAAGGCUAUUUCCAUCCUUACACAAGAAGAAAGAAAUAAGCUUCUGAAGGACCGUGAAUUUUUGAAAGAGAUUUUUGUUGCUGCUGAAAAUCUACGUUCAUGUGGGAAAUUUGAAGAAGCAGCCAAUAUGUUCAGUCGAUCAUUUGAAGAAGCAAAUAUCCUUGAAUCUUUACAGUGUCUUCUAUAUCUUUGCAGGAUAAAUGUCUUGAAAAAUAUAUUAGCAGAUAGCAUAAACCAAGAUACACUAGAUGAGUUACGUAACUUCCAUUGUAAGGCAACCAAUUUCAUUUCGAAUAUCACAAAUAUGAAGUUGCAAUGGUUGAAAACAUCUAGUAAGUGGAAUAUCCUGAUGGAAGAAGUUCAUUUAUACUCAGCUUAUUUUGAGAAAAAUCUCAAUAGAAUCUGUGAAUGCAUACAAUUUUUUCAUAAUCGCCAAGAGCUCGUAUAUGAAUUUCGUGCGAUAAGCUUAUGGCUAAAAAUUUUGCCACAAAGCAUAAAUGCUGAAUACUGGCAUGAACGAUUGCAAUUUUUGUUGAGCCUGUGCAAAUUGAUUUUCGGUUUUAUAGCUCCACAUCAAACUAUUAAUCUUAAGAAAAACCUCGAGGAAAUUUUUUUAGUAAGAAAGUUGGAGAAUAAACUAAAAAUUGCUUUCGAUAACCCACUUGUUGAUUUCAUAAAAAAUGCAAGUAACAAAAAAAAGUCAAAUUAUUGGAAAAUUUUCGAUGCGAAUCUUGUGUAUGAAGCAAUUCCAAAAUUCAUUGCUUCAUAUAUCCGUUGGCUUAUCUCAAUGGCUAAUCAAUACGGUAAAAAUAUCCCAGAUAUAGCUUCUGAAAUAUGUCAUCAUUUUGCAUCUUCGGGUAAAUGUCCAACAAAAAAAUGCCUAAAUCAUCACGUUAUUCCAACAUCAUCAAUCUUGUACAAACGUUUGUCCCUUGCAUGCGAUCAAUACACUUUAAUGAGACAGUUGAGCAUAUUGCAUCAGAAAAAGCUAAUAAGUACUAAUGAAGUUUCGUAUCUUCAAAAUUUUUGGGCUGGAAAGUUGUUUAGAAUCCAUUUUCGCUAUUUCUCCCCGCAGACAAGUUGUCCGGAGAUCACCCGUAUGAUAAUAACUAAACUUUCCAAAGACUCACACAAUGCGCUUAUGCGUUUUGCUCUCAUUAAUUAUGUCAGCGAGUUUGGAAAAUACAUCAUCGUUUCUCAGUUGAAAGAUAGCUUGACAGUACAUAAUUUAUAUAAUUGGAAUAAUGAAAGUGGACAAUAUGGAAACCUACCUUCUUUAUUAAUUUCGUCUUUUAACUCUAAAAAAAUGAUCAAUGCAAUUAGCUACUCUGACACAAUUAUUUAUUAUGCCAUAAGAAAUUCUGAGCAAGCUACUACUGCUGAUUUUCUUUAUGAUCUUACAUCUCUUAUCGAAUUUACGAUGCUUUUAAUUUUAACAAUUCGUCCUGGAUAUUGCAAAUUUUGCCUUCCUCGAAGUUAUUUAAUUAAUUAUUACUAUGUUUUUAAUAAGAACCCACGCUUUUCAGAUCAAGAAUAUUCCGACAGAUAUAAUAAAGAGGACUAUCGCGAAGAAAUCGAAAAUUUGUUCUGUCAAACUAAUAAGACUCAUGAUCCUUAUCUCUCUGAAUGA